AUGCCGGGUUAUACGUUGUCUAAGAACGGCACAGUUGAUUCACGUUAUUUGUGUUUGCUGUGCCAAAACAUCCUCAAAGAUCCUGUCCAGACCGGUUGUGGCCAUGUAUACUGCAUCUCUUGCAUCUCAGACCUCAAGAGGGAUGAUGGAACCUACACCUGUCUUGUUGAUAAGACACCCUUUGCAGCAGACCAGAUAUUCCCCGACAACUUUAUGAAACGCGAAGUUCUUUCCCUAGUAGUCGCAUGCCCUAAUUCACUGGAUGGCUGUAAGUGGAAAGGGGAAGUAAGAUAUAUUGAGAAACACCGGUCUACCUGCCCUGAGGAAAAAGAGAGAUGCUCUAACCAUAACUGUGAUGAAGGUGUGAAAAGAUCCGAUCUUCAGCGGCACCAGGAACACGAGUGUCUCUAUCGCACCCAGCGGUGCCCCUUGUGCGAUGAUCUUAUGACUGCUGCUGUUCUUAAGACUCAUCAAAUACAGGAUUGCAAAAAGUAUCCCAUUCAAUGUCGCGGAUGUGGCAAAGAAGGAAUUCNGGCUUGGAUGCAAACAUGA